UGCCGGAGUGGGAAUGGUUGCUUGGAUUUAAUAUUACUCAAGCCAGAUCAGGUAACUGAUCGCGCACCCUUUACCAGUUAUGAUUGCAUUCUGACCAGUGUCAUAACGGAACGAAGUAGUGUGUGAUGUCAUCGCGAGCAGAGUUGUGCGCCUGGUCUAUGUGUGGUGCUAACCGAUGGUGUAGGAAACUGUUGACCUGCGCGUUUUGUGGCCUGCUAUACCACGAUACCUGAUGCGUGGAUAUUACUCCUGACAUGUCUACAAAAGUAGCAAGGUCUUGGUUUACGUCCACCGACUCACAUAAAUCAUAAAUGAUGCGAUCAAAUUAUAUUGGAAAGCGAAAAUAUACCUACCAAGAAAUGAAAACUUCAUCUGUUGGCGACUUAGAGCUGCUUUGCCAAGAGCUCUCGGCCAAGAUCCAGGAACUUAACAAUGCUGACGAAAACAAUGAUCUCUCAGCGAGGCGCAAGGCUACGGCUGUUGCGAGAAAGUUGUACACCGAGUUGGUUCACCCUGACGAAGUGGCUGCUGAACAGAUGGUUACUAUGAGCGAGUGGGCAAGCAUACGUAUGUUUAUAGAGUGGAAAAUCUUUGACUUGAUCCCCUUAGACGGGAAUGUAUCGUGGAGAGAACUCGCAGCCUCAGUGGGCGUCCAGGAAGAACUCGUGUCCCGGCUCGGUCGCAUGCUAGUAUCAACCGGUGGGCUCAGGCAGCCGGCGCCGGGACGAGUCGCGCACUCGCGCCUAUCACUGGCGUACCGGAGUGGCGACUGCAACGGCGCCUUGUUCUUCACGGCCUACGAUACCCUUCAACCGGCGCUCGUGAGCCUACCGGGCUUCUUUAACAAGUACGAGCCACGGCUGCCGCGGGGCAAGACUUACACCCCCGUAACCUUCGCCGCCGGCGUCGAUGGCCGCCUCACGCACUGGGAGGUCCUCGAACAGCGGGGCCCAACUCACCUGGAACAGUUCGGUCUCUCAAUGCAGGGCAUGAUCGACUUCGCGUGGCCGUACACAGGCGUCUACGACUUCGCGUGGGUCGAGGAGUACGCAGCAGGCGCCGCCGAGCGCCCGCUCAUUGUCGAUGUCGGCGGCAGUUACGGACACGCGCUGCGCGCCAACCUUGUUAAGUACCCCGGCAUUCCGCCGGCCCGGUGCGUGGUCGAGGACCGGCCCGAGAUGAUCGCGAGCAUCGAAAAGGCGCACGCGGACGAUCCGGUGAUGCGGGACGUGCAGAAGAUCGCGUGCGACUUCCACGCGGAGCAGUCGGUCAAGGGAGCUCUCAUCUACUUCAUCAGGCGUUGCCUCCACGACUACGACGACGACGACUGCGUCGGCAUGCUGAAGAUCCUGGCGGCCGCGCUCCCGGAGGACGAGCCCCGGGCGCGGAUCUUGAUCAACGACCAGAUCAUGACGGACCCCCCCGAUCGGUGGGUCGCGACCAUGGACAUCACGAUGCUCGCCUGGUCCUCCCUCGAGCGGACGGAGGAGCAGUUCGCGACGGUGGUCCGUCGGGCUGGCCUUGAUGUGGUUAAGGUCCACAAGGUGGAGGGGCAGACCAUGGGGGUUGUCGAGUGCAAGAAAGUGUAACAACACUUACACAUGUCUCCCUGUCUAUGUUUUCUGUCCGUAACGUCUCCGCUAGGGUUACGCCGACGUCGGAAAGCCUGCCUGGGCAGCUCGGGCGGAUUUACCAAAGGGCCAUGCGCAAAAUUGGGUUCUCUAGGCAAAUCCGUUCAGGUUUUCGGAUUUAAACGGCCGGCGAGACAUAAAACGAGUAGUUGUACCUAGUUAAUCACAUUGAUUGAUUCGCCCUGCCUUUGGUGGAGAAGAGUUUACGGGAUACUUGGAUGAACUCGUUGAAGCCAAGCGUGGGGGUUAGC